AUGUCUGAGAACCCAAAAUCGUGGGAUCAGAAGACAGAACCCGCCCAUGCCAGACAUCUGAACAUUAUGAAAAACUAUGAGCUGAUUGGCCGGCACGAGGAGCAAGUGCUCAUCAACCGCAAGGACAUCACAGACAAGAAGGAUGCCUGGGACGUGGAGGAGUUCAUCACCCGUAUGUUUAUCAAGCAGUUGCUUCAACACCCGGCCUUCCAGCUGCUGCUGGCCUUCCUGCUGGUGACCAACAACAUUACCAUCGCUAUGCGCACCAACCCUUAUCUCGGUCAGACCUACUAUGAGCUGUUCUCGACUAUAGAUGAGAUUGUACUGACCAUCCUUAUCUGUGAGGUUCUCCUUGGCUGGCUCAAUGGCUUCUGGAUUUUCUGGAAGGAUGGCUGGAACAUACUCAACUUCGCAAUUGUCUUUGUCUUGUUUAUGGGGUUCUUCAUAAAACAACUUGAUUUAGUUGCCAUCACCUACACUCUCAGGGCACUUCGGCUGGUACAUGUGUGCAUGGCAGUGGAGCCCCUGGCCAAGAUCAUCAGGGUCAUCCUGCAGUCGGUGCCGGACUUGGCCAACGUCAUGGCCCUCAUCCUCUUCUUUAUGCUGGUAUUCUCUGUGUUUGGGGUCACGCUCUUCGGUGCGUUCGUGCCCAAGCAUUUCCAGAACAUGGGGGUUGCCCUGUACACACUCUUCAUCUGCAUCACCCAGGACGGCUGGGUGGAUAUCUACAGUGACUUCCAGAUGGAGAACCGAGAGUACGCGAUGGAAGUCGGAGGGGCCAUCUACUUCGCUGUCUUCAUCACCCUCGGCGCCUUCAUCGGCCUCAACUUGUUCGUUGUCGUGGUGACCACAAACCUGGAACAAAUGAUGAAGACGGGUGAUGAGGGGCAACAUCGUCAGAUAACGUUUAGUGAGACAGGAACAGAGGAAGAUGACUGGUCUGACGGCCUGCCACUAGUGCACUGUGCAGAGGCUCGCAAAGAGACUUCCGGUGUCCCUCAAGAACCACUGGCUGGGGGUCCCCUGUGUAACCUCACGGAAAAGACCUGUGAUAAUUUCUGCUUGGUGCUUGAGGCAAUCCAGGAGAACUUGAUGGAGUACAAAGAGAUCCGCCAGGAGCUCAACACGAUCGUGGAGGAAGUGCGCUCCAUUCGUUUCAACCAGGAGCAGGAAAAGGUGGUGAUGAGCAGGCACCCCUCCAAAAGCAUGUCCUUCCUGACCGAGUCCACCACAGACAUGCGCGAGGUGGCUACCCAGCAAGACUUGAUCAAUGCGCUGGUCAGCAAGGAAAAGGUUUAUGAGUCUACCACAAAUAUGGUUAGCAAACACAAGUUCAGCCACUGA